AUGCCAACUAAGGUUCUUCUGAAAGCUCUUGCCAUGCUUCCUGUGGUCUUGGCCGGAGUGAUUGAAUAUCCCGAAGUCAGGCCCGGACCCGGGCUUCCCAGCCUCGAGUCUUUGGGCCUCACUUCUGAGCAACUAUACAAUAUGCCGCCACCCUUGACUCUCGAUACAAAAUUCUCCCCCUUCUUUAACCCCGUUUGUGGUCCCGAUGAUAAAGCCUACACCAGCGUGAAGAGUCUAAUUGCCUGCAUGAAUUACUUGCAAAAUCUCCGAACUCAGGACUGCGUGGUCCCCAGUGGCCGAGUGAGUGUCCGAUUUUGCAGCUCCGGUGACGCCCAUAUCAAUGGAGUCUCCAUCACCGGCAGAAGCGAGUCCUCGCACUGCCAGGAUGUUGCUAAGGGCGCUCUCUAUGUUAUUGAUCACUGCACGCGCCCUGACGAAAGUUGCGCCGGUAAGCCCUUGUGCCGCAGCUGCUUUUGGAAAUGGCAAUCUCAUCGUUUCUUGCUGCAGCAAGAAGUGGGCUUGAGGAAUACGAUGGGAUCUCCUCAGGAGUUCAAACACUUCGUAUCGCGAGAAAAUGCUGUGGUUCUACAGCGGGACCUCAUGCCAGAGCAGUCCAAUGGAUGA